CAGUGAUUUUUUUUAAGUUGCUGAAAAGAGUCGAGUAUCGUGGUUGUGUCUUCGAUUAGGUUUUGAAUUAUGCAACGAUGUUCGAAUGUUUGUAUUAAGAGAAUGUUAAUUAACACCUUUUUUAAAUAAAUUGAACGUAAAUGUUCAUAAACUUCCUCCUAUUUGAUUGUCGAUAACGCACCUGUUUCUUCACUUUUGUAAGUGUAUUUUUACUUCUGCAUAAUUUCCAAUAUCUCUCCAAAUAUGAGCCUGUGCAACACUUUAGUUGGUGGAAUCAAAUAUCUGAACCGUAAUCUAACGAAGAAAAUCGAUACGUGCCAUGUUUUACUUGCUAAGAAGUAUUCGACACGCGAAUUGCUGAAAGAAGCAUACUGUCGCACUAAAUUAAAAUGUCGUUCAAAAAAGCUACCGCAAGAUGUGAACCCUCGAGGUGUGUUUGCCUGCAAUGAGUUGGACUUAUCUGAAGUUAAAGUUUAUGGGUUCGACUAUGAUUACACUCUGGCCCACUACAAACCCUCUCUGGAGCACCUGUUGUAUAAUCUUGGCAGAGAAGUCUUGUUGGAAAAAUACAAUUAUCCACCGGAAAUUUUAAAUUUGGAGUACAAGCCAAACUUUGCUGUAAGAGGUCUUCACUAUGACAUUGAAAAAGGGUUGCUGCUGAAACUGGACUCGUUCCUACAAAUCCAGUUUGGUGCCGUCUAUAGAGGCCUCACACCUGUCUCUACAGAGGAAGUGCUAAAAAUCUACAAGAACAGAAUAAUUCCUAUUGCCUACGUGGAAGGUGACACUAGAGCCCAUAAGGCAAAUCGCGCAAAGAUGGUGCAUUUGGCGGAUCUGUUCUCAGUACCUGAGAUGGGACUGCUGUGUAAUGUAGCAGAGUAUUUCAUAAAGAACCAUAUUGAUUAUCACCCAGAGAUCUUGUUUUUGGAUGUUAAGAACUCUGUACAAAGCUGCCAUCCGAUAAUGCACAAGAUAGUUGCUCAGAAUGUCGAAGAGUACAUCAGGCCCAAUCCAGACCUAAGAAAAUAUUUCCAAAUGUUGCAAGAAUCUGAAAAGAACUUGUUUCUGGUGACCAACAGCCCUUAUCAUUUUGUCAAUGCGGGCAUGGAGAUGCUAGUUGGUCACGACUGGCGGGACUUCUUCGACGUGGUGAUCGUAAACGCGAACAAGCCCAAGUUCUUCACUGAAGUGUCUCGCCCAAUCAGGGUGUUUGAUAAGAACGCCAAUACGCACAUCUGGGAGAAGGUCACGUCUUUGGAGAAGGGGAUCAUUUAUUAUGAGGGCACAGUGAAGCAGCUGCAAGACCUGACGGGCUGGAGCGGGCACCAGGUGUUGUACUUCGGAGACCACCCCUACAGUGACCUGGCUGACGUCACGCUCGAGCACGGCUGGCGGACCGGCGCCAUCAUCAACGAGAUUACACACGAGAUCAAGACCCUCAACACGCAGUCUUUCAAGGAGAAUGCGAACUGGCUUCAGAUGCUGACCCAGCUUAUCGAGGACCACCAAGACUAUAAGGAACCGGAGGCCGUCGAGGUCAUCGGCCAGUGGAUGGCUGAGCGGGACUAUCUUAGGAACGAAAUAAAGGCGGUGUUUAACCCCCAGUUCGGUAGCGUGUUCCGGACCUACCACAACCCCACAUACUUCUCUAGGAGGUUGUUCAGAUUCGCCGACAUUUACACCUCAAAUAUCACGAAUCUUCUCAACUACUCCCUCACUCACACUUUCUACCCACGGCGGGGAGUGAUGCCACACGAAUACGGCUCCUAUUUCGUCUAGUUUUAAGCUGAAAGUAUCGUGGCAAUUAUGUUUAUUUUAAUGUAAGAAAGAUAAACUUUCACUGAUUUUGUUGCUAUUUAAGUUCAAUUGAAUAAUGUUAUUUUAAGAACAGUAUUAAGCAAUCAGAUAUAUAACUCGUUUAGAAUCCUUUUAGGUCUGUUAUACAUAUUUAUACAUCCCUUUUAUGAUAAGUUACUCACAAAAAUGGUAUUAUGAAUAUUUUGAAUAUUCUGUAACAUGUUCCUUUGAUAUGAUCUAGGAUGUAUAACUGCGUAUUUUCUUUAUUUAUACAUAUCAUAUUUGGAUAGUAUUUAGUUUAUUAUAUUUAAUGGAAAAGCGAAAAAGUAGAUAUAGAUAAGUAUUCAGCCAACUGUUUUCUAGUCAAAAGUAUUUAAUACUGUCUCAUAAAUCGAUUUAAUUAAAGCUUUUAAAUACAUAAAUCAUUGUUAAUUUUUUAAAGUCAGUAUAUUAUGUCUUUAAGUUAUGAAAUACUAUGUAGAGUUGCAAUGUAAUAUUAUUUAUAUCAUACGAUAUUAAGGUGCUCAUUCAUCGAGAGUAUACUCGUGUAAUGUAACCAAUGCCAAAUUGUAUUUUGAGCGUGCAACACUGUUACAUCGGACGGUCAUCCUCCCGAUUGAUGAGAGCCUUUAGUCAGAUUCUUGCAAGAAAACUGUUUACUUAGCAUCUGACGAAAACUGCUUACGUUCCGUGGAUCUGAUGAAUGAAAUAUCUUAUAAUAUCUUCAUAUAAUUCAAACUUCCAUGUCUAAGUAAACAUCUAGAUUGGUUUGCAAUAAAAUAAUUAUGAUUUAAGACAAAUACUUAAUUUACCUACACACUCAAUUAGUGAAGUUCGAAAACCAUAUUUUCAUUUCAAAUAACAAUCAGUUAUUAUAUUGUUAAUAUCUGUAAAUAGUACCAUAGUAUAUUAAUUAUUAACGUUACCACCUUGGUAUUUUAAAAAUGUUAUAAGGUGCAUAUUGUUGAUAAAAUCAUUAUUUUUAUUAUUAGCAGUUUAUUUGUGCAAUAUUUUCGAUUGAAAAAGUAUACUAAUAUACCUUUACUAUUUAUUUAUUAUUUACGAAGACGUAGUCAAUUUAAAAUGCAUGAAUUUUAAUAUAAUUAACUUUUCUAUUAUCUUAAAAGUAUUUAAGUAUCUUUAAUAAUGUUAUUUUUAAGUUUUGAUCAACAUUAUUGUAAGAUGAGAUGGUCAAUUUCAUUACCAAUUGCUAGAUAAUACAGACCAGUGGUGGUUAGUUAAUUUGAAAUAAUCUGUUAUUUUUUGUAAUUUAACUCGAGAUGAAUGCAGCAAGUGAAACAACUUAUUAAUUAUUUAAUUUUAUCGUCAAUAUGUUUGCUAUAUUAAUAUCCUAAAUAGGCUUUUUUAUGUGUCUCCUCUUCGUUUGUAAUUUGAUGUUAUUGCAAUACUUUCCCAAGUUUUAUUAUAAUUUCUUUGUUGUAGAUUUAAUAAUUAUACGUUGCAUCUAUACGAACGUAAUGAAACUCUUUGGAAUUUGCUUUAAAAAGUGAUCUUGCCGCUAAUCUUCAUUUAUUUCUUCAAAUAUGUGUUUCUAAUUGAAUUUCCACUACUGAUACACGUUUUUAACGUUGAUUUUGUGAUUAAAAUGUAUGUAACUCCAAUAACUUGAUCUAUUUGUGACAAGGCUAUAUAAUACGCUUCAUAAUUUUUGAUUGAUUGAUAUAGUUACAUAUGAGUGGCACAUAACAUCAAUCUUGUUUGCUAAUUAAUACGAUAAGUAAUUACGAAGACAGAUAUAUUUUUAUAAAGUAAAAGCUAGAAGCAAUCACUUGAUUACGAUCUUAGUUUUAUAAAAUUAUUAAUAUGAAAUCAUCUUGUGCUUUGUUGAUGUUGAUAUUCUGAAGCAUUUCAUUUUUGAUAAGAUUUAUUAUUUGCUCAGUUGUUUUUUAUCACCGUUAAUAAGCUAUCCUUAGUAGUAGUUUAGAGAAUUGGAGACUUAUGCCCGUUUUCAUCAUCAAUCCCUAAUUUUUAAGUGACCCCUAUAGUAACACAAAACAGGAAUUUUGUUUACAUUGGGGUCACUUAAAAAUUAGGGAUUGAUAGUGAAAACGGGCAUUAGGUCUGUAUUAUAAAACGAAUUAACCUGGCCUUGGUUGAAUUUCAAUAUUUAUUAACACCAAUUUUAUGCUUGAAUAUUACCUCGAGUCAAGAUAAAUGUCGUUUCAUAACACAGGCCUUAAAGUAGUCAUUUUGAAAGUCAGUCUUUGUAAAGCGAAAGAUCCUUUAGCCAUAUUUUGAAGUAGUCAUA